AUGGCGCCGAUUCGCCGCUACCUCCGGAUCAGCAAGUACACCGUGCUCGAGUGUCGGAUUUAUCUCGAAAAUCCCUCCGACAUUCGAUGGCUUCUUAACAGCCGGGACCCCGUCCUGCAGCGAAUUUUCGCCGCCAUUCGACCCUUGGUCCUGCCCAAGUUGCGCGAAGAAAACGAGAGACUGCUUGCCCGAAAGAAGGGCAAACCAGUCAAGGAUGUCAUCGCAGAAGAUGAUUUCGAAGUUGCCCUGUUCCUUCGCGAAUCUCGGACUCGUCACUCACUGUUGACACGGCACAAGGAGUUUGAAAAUGAUGUGAACUCGGGUCCAAGCAAGGAAUCCGCGCAGUCAGCUGUGGCUGGGACCGCUGGAGGCCAUAUUCUGGGCGAAAGUGAGGAGGAGAAUGACCUGCAGAUGCAGGAUAUUCCCGAAGCAGGCGCAAACGAGAAAGGCAAGGCGGGAGGGAAACGGGCGCGGACGACGGAGGAGCGGAGCGAGUCCCCGAACGACAAGCGCACUUCUAAACGGAGGAAGGAUGACGACUCGGUACUACAAGCAGAGAAGGCCGAGGACAAGAAGUUGCAGUUCAGAACGAACUAUGAGGGGUUCAACAUUUACGGCUGGGUACUGUGUCUGCUUGUUACGCGUAAAAGUGACAGGGUAGGCUUGAUGCCUGGUUCCUCAGAUCUGAUGGAAGAAUGGAUUUCGACCCAAGCCCAAGGUGACCUGAUUGAAGAUUGA